UAUUAAUAAUAAUUAUACUACUAAUAAUUAUACUAUUAUAUAGGAAAGAUAAUGCUUUUUGGACUUAUAUUGACAAGAAUGGUCGUUUAAAUAGUGGACUAAGCCUCAGUCAACAGUUAGAACUAGUGUUCUACUGGACUCAAGGUUUAUCAAAUAAAACAAUCAUGUCCUUAACUGGAAGAUCGUCCAACACCGUAUGUGACUGGAUGAAUUUGUGUAGGGAUAUACCACUAAAAAUGUUCGAAAAACGUAAUAAAUUUGGAGGACCUGAUGUCAUCAUACAAGUCGACGAAUGUUUGUUAAGAGGAUCCAGAAAAAAUCAUAAAGGUAAUUUCUAUCUUAUAAUUUUAUAAUUGAAUACAUAAUAAAAUACAAUUUUACAUUGAAUAUUAAUUAUAAAAUAUUAUAAAUCAUCAUUAUGUUGUUACAGGUCGAUAUCGACUUGCAGAUUUGCCGAGUGAAAAUAUCGAAGACGAAAAUGACGACCCUCUUGAAAAUGGAAAAAGAAAUUAUGGUAGACGAAUGGAUGGUCCUUGGGUGUUUGGAUUAUGCGACGAUAGUGAGGCACGAUAUUUUGUUGUCGAAAAGCGGGACAAGCAAACUUUGCAUGACAUUAUUAAAAGAGAGGUUGUAUUGGGUUCUAUUAUACACUCUGAUGGAUGGCCAGCGUAUAAUGGGAUCGCCCAAUAUGGUUUUACGCAUAAUACAGUUAACCACAGCGAAAAUUUUGUUGAUCCACUAACACAAGCGCACACUCAGAGGAUCGAAAGUUUAUGGAGACCAUUACGCUUAAAAGUAGUUAAAAAUAUGUGUGGUACAAGUCCUGAUCUCCUUCCAAGUAUACAUAUUAUUGCAGGUAUCUCAUGGAAACAUGGUGGCGAGGAAUAAAUAAAUCAGAUUUAUUUAAUGCAUUUUUAAGAGAUAUGGCGGAAGUUUUUGUAUAACGUAUUAUAUUAUAUUUAUUUAUAUUCAUUGACAACAAAUUUUUUGACUAACAAAUUUUUAAUUAUUAAUUUUUUACUAGACAUUACUACUACAAUAAAUUAUACUAUAAUAUUAUGGUAUUUUAAAUUUAUUUAUUCACGGUAUACCGCAUACUAUAUUCGUAAAUCACCGGUAGACCGCAUACUAUACUCGUAAAUUCACCGGUAGACCGCAUACUAUAUGACAGCCCGAACUAGUCACAACCGCUGUAUGCCUAAGUAUUUAACAAUGAAUAAAUAAUUCACUAUAUUAUAUGCAUUGUGCAUUGUUAGAGUUAUCAGUAAAACAUCUAGUAAAAGAAUGCAUGUAAUUUUAGGUAGAAAGGAGGAAACUCAUUCAAUCAGCCUAAAAUACCAAUAGAUGGCCCCCAAAAUUAAUUAAAUAAAUUCCUACUAUUUUCCACCCUAUGAUCCUAUAUAUUUUGAUAUAGUGCCAUUAUCUGUACCUAAUAUCUAAAUUAUUAUACACAUUAUAACCAGACAUAAGAAUAAUCAUUAAAUAGUAAAAUAAUAUAAUACAAACAAAUACACCAAACACAAUAUUAAACGAAAAGCCGGUUUUUAUUUCAAAACAUGAUAUUAUGCAUCUUUUAAAUCUUGCGCCCAGGACCAAGGAGCAUAGCUAUAUGGCUAAUAACCAUGUCAUGUUACUGAAACACUAUUGAAAAUAAAGAAAA